CCCCUUGAAAAAAUCCUUGAAAUUUUUUUGUACUGAGUGAGUUGGGGCGCGUCACAGCUGCUCCAAGUCUCUCCUCAAUUAAGUUGGAUCUGAGUUCAUUUACAAUAUUCAUUUUUAUACUAGUUUGUUUGUAAUAUGCCACUGAUCACACAGGAAAAUUGUAUCUUUGGAUAAUUUGUAUGUAUUUAUGUGAUUGAGAUUUGCCUGUCAUCAGUUUGUAAGUAGGCCUACAUGUAGUAGCCAUAUUGUACAACACAUGUGUAAGUCAAUGUUCUCAUUCUAUUCAUCAUGUUUAGUGAAGUGUACUCAUUCAGUUGUAACCGCUCAUUCUGUGAAAGAAUCCUGGAUCUAUUGAGUACUUAACAAUAGAUUACGUAAGUCAUUCACAAUGGCUCUCAUUCACAAAGUCUCUUAUGCUAAGAGCUGUGCUCUUGCUGUCUUGGUGCUGAUAUGUUGUAGUAUCUAUUGCACUAGUUCUGGUAGCAAUAAACUUGGUAUCAAUACUCAUUUAGUCACAAACUUUUCUCCUAAAGUGUGUUUAAAUUCUCAACUCCAUGUGAAAUAUGUUGGUAAAAGAAUAUCAUAUUACCCAACUCCUACUUGUGCCUCUACAUUUCAAUUAAGUUUUGUUCAGUGUGGGGACAUACACCCCAAUCCAGGUCCCUCCUCAAAUAGUGAGAAUCCCAAUACUAAUACCAGUAUUGUAGAUAGAAUAUCUAUGUCUACCAGUAAAAUUAAGUAUGACAUUCAUACCGACUAUACAACUUGAACUCUAAGCAAUUCAAAAUAUCUUCAUCAGUCUGGUCAACCUUAAACCAAAUAGGCAUCUGUAGAGGUCGCACCAGGCGAUGUCGAAAAGGUGGAAGGUGCCAACGUCGUCUGCAGCUACGGGAAACUGCGGAAGAUCCGGUGACAUUCGCCCUAUGGAACGCCCGAUCGCUGAAAAAUAAAACACACAUAUUCUGUGACCUUAUGCUUAAUUAUAAAAUAGACAUCGCAGCCGUGACCGAGAUAUGGUUCACGGGCGAUGAUCGUGACAACAUUCCCCUAGCUCAAAUAUCCUCCACCCUUAAAAAUUAUGAUUUACAUCAGAUGCCCAGGGUGGGUCGUGUUGGAGGUGGUGUGGCUGUAUGCAUAAAACAGUCCUUUAAUACAAAGAGGUUUGAAUCGGCCAACAUCUUCAAAUCAUUUGAAUGUAUUGAUGUACUUGUCACCUCGCAUGGACAAGUUCCAACUCGUCUUUUGGUCUUAUAUAGGCCACAACGAACAGCUUCAGGUCAGUCAACAGAGCACCUUUUUCUACAGCUCAUGGAGCAGCUGGUAUCUUCAUCACAUCAGUUAAUGAUCGUCGGUGACUUCAACUAUCACAUGGACUCUGCUACAGACUCCAACUCCGUCAGCUUUCUGAAUGUUAUCUCAUCUCUUAAUCUUCAGCAACAUGUCCAAUUUCCAACACAUACAAGUGGACACACAUUAGAUUUGGUUCUUACACGAGCAAAUGACAAUUUCAUCAGUAACGUAUCAUCAACGAGUUAUCUUCCAUCUGACCAUGUAGCUGUCAUAUGCUCCAUGAAUAUUCGUAAACCUAAGCCCAUUAAGGUGAAGAUUAGAACUAGGAAAAUACAACAAAUUAACAUUGAGGCAUUUCGUCAAGACAUUCUUUUGUCUGAACUAUACUCAUUUUCUUCCGACAACGUUAACGAACAGGUAGACCAGUUUGAGUAUUCGCUUUCCUCUCUCCUUGACAAGCACACCCCUGAAGUUACGCGCAUCAUCACAAGUCGACCUGAAUCUCCAUGGUAUUGUGAUGAUCUCCGUCAGCUCAAGCGGGAACUCCGAGCGCUAGAACGAAAAGCUUUUCCGAAUGGAUUGGAAAUUGAUCGUGAGAAUUUCCGAAAAGCAUCCCAUCAUUACAGUAACCAGCUGGGAUCUGCAAGGAGUAAGCAUCACCGUGAUCAGCUUAGAGAAUGUACCCCGCGUGAACUUUUUAAGAAGGUUGAACAGUUGACGCGGCCUACCACUUCUCUAUCUAUUCCAACCACUGAUGGCACUGGUGGAUCAUUUGAAAGUGACAUUUGUUCAAUCUGAAGUGGAGGGGCUGAUGCGAUGAAUUUCCAAAACCCUGAAUCGUUUUUUAAACUGGUCCUAAUUGGGGCUAUAAUGGGUACUCUGGUAUACAUCGCUAAUAUGGAUAACGUAUCAUACACAAAAUACAGAUUUGCUGAAUCACACAUAGUCUACGUAGAAAAUGAACUUUCAUUUCUCAGAAAAGAACAUCAAUAUAAUCAUACAACAAGACCGAGGCAUCCUCGUCCAUUUAUCACAAUUGCUCCAAAUAAUUCAGAACUGUCCUUCAGGAUAGAUCAAAAGUUUACUUUGUCUUCGUGUCCGUAUUCAUUGCAUGCCAAACUACAGGAGUCGCACUGGGCUUCCCAGUACUAUCGACCUGGAGUAAAGAUGAUCAUGACAAAUGGCAAUAUUAACCAGGAAGAAUAUCGACGCUUGAAUAAAUACGAUAUGCCGUUCGGAUUUUUUUAUAGAAAAAAGCUAACAUUUCAAGAGCUCUCCAAAACAUUGAAACUAUUUUCGGAGGACGAAUCCGUUCUAGAUUUCGGGAAUCAUCAGAGACCUCGAUGCCUGAGCUGUGCGGUCGUGGGAAACGGGGGAAUACUGAAAGGAUCUGGCAUGGGCAAGGAAAUAGACAACCACAGCAUGGUGUUCAGAGUUAACAAUUGUCUCAGGAGAGGCUUUGAAAACGAUGUUGGUAAUCGGACAACGCACUAUGUAUUCAUGGACAGAUCCCUCAGCCAUACGCAACAGGCUGAUAUACCAAGAGAUAAGGGUAUCAAGUGGGUCUUCCUGCCUUGUAGAUUAGACGACUAUCACUACAUCUCAGAGGUCGCCAAGGGAACUAACCCUAAACAGAAGCUGAAAGCUCAAGCUGCUGACAUCAGACUAAUGCACCCAGACUUUAUCAGAUAUGUUCACAAAGUCUGGAUGCAGACCAGGUCCUUUCGUCCGAGUACUGGUUUCGUGAUGUUCAUGACGGCUCUCCAAUCUGGAUGUGAUUCUGUCAGUGUGUACGGCAUGGGAUUUAACAAGAAGUACUCGGGAUACUAUUACGAUAAAAAGUUCUAUACCUACGAGAAUACGUCAAAGAGCCAUGAUUUUUUAAGAGAGGUGAAAAUCCUGAAGGAAUUGGACAAAGCUGGUAUUAUAAAGUGGUACAAAAGAGAUGUCCCUGAAUUUCUCUCGUAGCCAUUUACUAUGAACAUGACGGACAAAGAAAGAGUACCAAAUAUACAGUUCCUCAGGUAGACAAAGGAACAUCCCUUCCCUGCUAUUAUGUAAAAAUGUGUA